GUAGGAUCUAUUGAAUGUCUGUAGUAGACAUGACAUUCCUGUCACUUUAAAAGAUUGUGUGUCUUACCGUGUUUUGGAUUUUUUUUUUUUUUUUUCAUUGAAUGGUCAGGGCCACAGUGAUGGAGGCCGAGGCUGCGUACGUUUGCUGGAGUUUUUUUCCAAGGGUUUCCCAAAUUAGAUGACAACUGAAAGAAGCAGAUAAGACAGCCAUGCUGGUUUUAGAGGUGAUCUGCAGCCUGAUUGGCUGGCUCUGUCUCUACAUAUUGUUCUGCUACACCUUCACCCAGCGGGGGCCGGAGUGGAACUGCCGGCUGGUGACGCUGUCCCAUGGGGUCCUGAUAGUGUUGCUGACGGCAUAUGUCGUCUUUAUAGAUGGACCCUGGCCUUUCACACAUCCAGGCACGGAGAACACCGAUCUCCAGACGUUGGCAAUGAUCGUCUGUCUCGGCUAUUUCUUCUUUGACUUGGGCUGGUGUUUACGCUACCGUUCUGAGGGCCCUGUCAUGAUGGUCCAUCAUGCUGCGAGCAUCCUGAGCAUUUUGCUGGCGCUACUUCUUGGCGAGUCGGGCUGUGAGACCUGCGGUGUGAUCUUUGGUAGCGAGAUCACCAACCCCCUGCUGCAGUCCCGCUGGUUCCUCCGCCAAGUGGGCCGAUACGACAGCCUGCUGGGCGAUGCAGUGGACCUGCUCUUCAUCGUACUGUUUGCCACUGUGCGUGUGGGAGUCGGCACUAUAAUGUUUUACUGUGAGCUCACCUCUCCCAAACCUUCUCUGAUAAUAAAAGUUGGCGGAGUGGCUAUGUAUGUGCUAGCAUGGGUAUUCAUGGUGGACAUAGCCCGAUUUGGUUACAAGAAAAGCCGGGCAAAGUAUAGAAAAUGGCUUGAAUACCGCAAGCUAGGAGAAGAAAACAAGCAAAAAUUGGAUGGACAUUCUGGCAAGAAUGAAUGAAGGAACUCAUCAAACAUCUUCAAAACUCAGAUACUGUAUGUCCAAAAGGAUCUUGGAUGCUACCUGGACUUUGCAGCAUUUUAACAUGAUUAAAAGAUUACACUUCUGUUGAGAUAUUGGUUUAAUUACCAUAAACAAACAGGACCAUUGCUGACUGGCAGCCUUUACCGGCCUCAGUUCAAUGUAAUAUGCAGCAUUCAUUUAUGGCACAAGUUUUACUGCUUUGUGGCACAAAACAAGAAGAUGCCGCUGUUCUUCCAGCCCAGACAGAGCUAAAGCUUGUAGAGUUUCUAACAGUGGCAGCUUGUGGAAGCGGUGACAGGCUGAUGGAAAAACCACACUGACCAUGUCCUCUUCAGUGCACUGAGAGUUAACCUUCGACCAAAGAAGCGACAUCCUCUGUGUGAUAGGAUGCAGCAAAGUGUACAGGAAAUGUGGUCUUAAUUUUAAGAAAUACUAAAAUUCACAGUACUUCUGGUAGGAGACCGUGGUUUCAUUUGUUUAUGGCAAUUAUACCAAGGUAUCACAAUGGGUCUUUUUCACAGCAGCCAUUUUGACAUGAAAUAGCAGGGUAAACACUAGUGUUACUGAUGGCAUUAGUGAAUGUUCCAGAGCCAGGGUCCUGCUGUUGCUCAUGUUCAUCCAGUGGAAAGACUCUAAAGGACCAUACCAGUGAUUUUGAAUGUUUGGCCUAUUUACUACCAUUUCCCCAAAUUUUACUUCGCCACAAACAAUUUUCACAGAUUUCACAACACAUAAUCAAAAUACCUUGAUUUUUAAAUUUGAAUUUUUGUUGAAACAGCUGCCUUAUAAUGUUCUGUGUCUGUGGCGAACAAACUCAUCACCAUUCAUAAAGCACAGGACUGAUAAUUUGUAGUGUAAAGCAAACAUUAAAUUUCAUAUUGUUGAGGAAUGAAUGGAAACCAACGACUGAAUGGAAACCAACAGAAACCAACGACUGGAGAAAAAUGAGGAAAAAUUAUAUUGGAGUUGUAAAACAUGACUGCUUACUUUGGGAAAAGAUUGGCAGAAACAUGAAGUGUAUAAAUUUUAUAGAUAUUACACUAAGCAUGCCAAAUCACCGGUAUGAUCCUUUAAAUGGAGUGGAGUGCUCAACGUGUUAUUACAUGUUAAAAUGGCUGCCAUAAAAAAUGUCUAUUUGAUAACAGUAGAUGGAGGUUUAAAAAUGGCCCCUUUAACUGUUGCAUUUUAAC